AAAGAGACAGCGGCCGUGCAUCCUGCAGCCUGUGUGUGUGUGCCAUGGGUCUACUGUCACAGGGGUCUCCACUGAACUGGGAAGAAACCAAGAAGUAUGCCGACCACAUCAGAAAGCAUGGCAUCAUUCAGUUCCUCAACAUCUACAACAAGGUGAAGGAACGGCAGAAAGACGUGCUGAAAUGGGGAGACGAGGUUGAGUACAUGUUGGUGGAGUUGGACGACAAAGACGAAAAGGUACGCCUCGUCUUGAACGGUGGAGAUGUUCUGGAGACUCUCCAGGAGCAGGGUGAAUUGAUCAACCCCAAUCACCCCACACUCUGGAGACCAGAGUACGGCAGCUACAUGAUCGAGGGGACUCCAGGGCAGCCGUACGGGGGGACCAUGUCAGAGUUCAACACGGUGGAGGGGAACAUGGGGAAGAGACGACGAGAGGCCUCAUUGGUCCUGAACCCGAAUGAAACGCUCUGCACCAUCACCUCAUUCCCAAGGUUAGGCUGUCCAGGUUUCACCAAACCGGAGCACCAACCGACUCCUGUUGAAAAGGGAGUGUCAAAGUCACUGUUUUUCCCAGAUGAAGCCAUCAACAGACACCCGAGAUUCAGCACCCUUACCAGAAACAUACGUCACAGAAGAGGAGAGAAGGUUGCGAUUAAUGUGCCAAUCUUCAAAGAUAAGUGCACUCCAUCUCCGUUUGUGGAAGAGUUUCCUGAGGAUGACGGUGAAUCGGCGAGGGCGGCUCUGCCCGAUCACAUCUACAUGGACGCCAUGGGCUUCGGCAUGGGCAACUGUUGUCUGCAGGUGACAUUCCAGGCGUGUAGCAUCGACGAGGCGAGGUACCUUUAUGACCAACUCGCAACAUUCUGCCCCAUUGUGAUGGCCCUGAGCGCAGCCUCACCUUUCUACAGAGGCUAUGUGUCAGACAUUGAUUGUCGCUGGGGGGUUAUUUCUGCCUCGGUGGAUGACCGGACACAGGAAGAACGUGGACUGAAGCCUUUGAAAAACAACAAAUACAGAAUCUUCAAGUCGAGGUAUGAUUCAAUCGACAGCUACCUGUCGAGCUGCAGCGAGAAGUACAAUGACAUCGAUCUGACGAUAGACGAGGAGAUCUACAAGCAGCUGCUCGAUGCAGGAAUUGACAAGCCGCUGGCCCAGCACAUAGCACACCUCUUCAUCCGAGAUCCCCUCUCUGUGUUUGAGGAGAAGAUUCACCUGGAUGAUGAAAACGAGUCGGAUCACUUUGAGAACCUGCAGUCGACUAACUGGCAGACGAUGAGGUUCAAACCUCCACCUCCGAACUCUGACAUCGGCUGGAGAGUUGAGUUCCGCCCCAUGGAGGUGCAGCUGACGGACUUUGAAAACGCUGCUUACGUCGUCUUUGUUGUCCUGCUCACCAGAGUGAUCUUGUCCUAUAAACUGGACUUUCUGAUCCCCUUGUCAAAGGUCGAUGAAAACAUGAAGGUGGCACAGAAGAGGAACGCUGUCCAAGAGGGCAUGUUUUACUUCAGGAAGGACAUCUUCAAAGGCUGCAACCCGGGGCUGGAUGGCGCUGCUUCUGCUCAGAACGGUUUGGACAGCGAUGGCUCUAAUGAGGACUACACACUGAUGAGCAUCGACACCAUCAUCAACGGAAAGGAGGGAGUCUUUCAGGGCCUCAUCCCGAUCCUAAACUGCUAUCUGGAAAACAUGGAAGUUGAUGUAGACACCAGGUGCACCAUUUUAAACUACCUGAAGCUCAUCAAGAAACGGGCCUCAGGUGAACUGAUGACCAUGGCGAAAUGGAUGAGGGAGUUUGUCGCAACGCACCCGCAGUACAAACAGGACAGCGUCCUCACCGACAAGAUCAACUACGACCUGUUCAGAAAGUGCGACAAGAUCGCAAAAGGCGAAGAGCAGUGCCCGGAGCUCAUCGGAAACCCCGUCAACCGGGUCCAAUGAGACCAGCUGCAGGAAUGCACCGUCACAAUACAAAACAAACUCGCAUGUAAAGAAAGACCAAAUGUGUGGCUCAGAACGACAGCGGUCCAAUUUAAAAAGAAAGACAAACAGCAGGUGUGUAAGAAACGCACCUGCCUCCAAUGUAUGUAUAUAUACUGUACCAGAUUUUUAUUAUCACAAAAUUAUUUUAAUAGGGUUAAGACAUGCAAAAGGUUGUGUAAUAGAAAUCAGAUGUGUAUUUAUUUUUCUCUGGAAAUUAAGGCUCUGUGUGAGAAUGUAAAUGUAGCUAAGAGAUGUACAGUAGUCUGCUUUUAAUGUGUGUUCUGUAAAUACUGUAUGUCUGCUCUUUAAAACAUUAACAUCAAGAGGGUUUUGUUGUUUUGCUGCAUUAAGACCGUUCUUUGCUUUUGGUAGAUGUGUGUUUUUUUUUUUCUUCUGCUUUUUAUGAGAAAUCUUUGCUUUGCUGACAUUGUAGUGGGACCUUGAAGAUAGUGUUGCAUUCAAUUGGAAAUGGUGAACCAUUGUUUGCAAUGUGAUGCUGCUUAACAAUAAAUCUGUAAAACAGUAACAACCA